CAGAUUUCAGCCCGACCAAGCCACCCAGCCAGUCUAAGUCUGCCUGCCUGAUCUUACCGUGUGGACCUGGCUGAAACAACGCUCGUGCAGCACCUUCGCUGGCGACCUUUGCUUCAAAGGGGACCUUCGAGCUGCUCCUUUCUGUUCUGCCACCACAAAGACGGAAGGAAGCUCUUGUUGUCCGUGCAGAGCCCGAGGCCAAGCCACCAGAGAAGGGCAAGCACGUGAGAGCGGGGUACUCUCCAGGAAGGAAGAUCCGACGCGGGGAGGGCCUCACCAACCAACGACACAGCAUAGAGAUCCCGAAAGGGCACUUCGCCUGCUGCGAAAAAAAAGGGCUUGAAAAUCGCCCUCGAGCAUCGCCUCUUGGAGGGAGACAUCACUCCCUUCUCUUGGUCGAGGAAGGACGGCGACACGUGCACGCGACACAGCAUGCCAUCCUGGCAAGGCCUCAAGGGACACCGGGCAGCCAAGCCCUCUGCUUCGCCAGACACUGGUCACGGCGACCAGCAUGCCGACACUGGCAGCGUAAGUCGAGCCGAGUCGAGGCAGGGCUCCGCUUCUCCUCCUGCCGUUGGCACACCACCUCAUGACGUCGUUGGCCGCCUUCGAGUCCAGAUCUUGGGCGCCAGUGGGCUGGCAAGCAAGGACCGAAACGGCAAGUCGGAUCCAUUCAUCGAUGUCAACCUUCCUGGUGCACCACCAUUGUCAGUCACAGGAGGUAGCAGCGGCGGUACUGGCCAGCGCAAGAGAGACAAGGACUUUUACCGCCGCACGACGCCGGUGCAGCCCAAGACGCUAGAGCCGACGUGGAAAGAGACCGAGGCGACGUUCGAGUGGGACGUGACGCCCCAGUGGUACGGUGUCACAGGAAGCCAGCCACGCACGCCAGAUAUCGGACUGUCAGAGUCGGUGCCGACGUCCGAGUCCGAGAUGGAGCCAGAGGGUGCCGAUGCCGACGAGGAAGACGAGAGCGAGGGCGAAGAUGAGGAGAACCAGACAGCCGUCCUGCAACCGGUGGAGGACCAGUCGGCUCUCAAGACGCCCAAGAUCCUUGUCGGCACAAAGCACGCCGAAGUCGAAGACGAAGACGACCACAAGCUGGUCCUCGGCGAACAAGUGGACGUCCCGAGCAAGAGCAGCAGCCACCUUGCUGCAGAAACAACUCCGCAGCGUCCUUCUAAUGUGCGCAAGCUCUCUGGUGCAGCCGGCAGAAUACUUGCUGCGCCGGUGCGCAUGACCUACAAGGGCACCGUGGCAACGACUAGAGUCGUCCGCAAGCGCGGUCGGCCACGCCCGAUGCGCCUUCGCAAAGAUGCCAGCCAGAACCAGCAUCGCAUCCCCGCUGGGAGCGCGCUUCUCAAUGCGCAUGGCCACCUGCACUCGUGUGUUGGCAGCAUCGAAUUCGUCGUCUGGGACAAGGACAAGUGGAGCGGCAACGACUACAUGGGCGAAUGCAGCCUCGAAGUCUCGCAGUGGUUCCAGGAGGGGAAGAGUGCAGCGUGGUCGACCAGCGAGCCCCUCGAGCUCCCGCUUGUUUCCACUCGUCGCAGCGCAAAGGUCAGUGGGAACAUACGUGUUCGCGUGGGCUUUGUAGACGACGAGGGCUCCUCGAAGGCCUGGCCGAGCGUGGACGAGCUCUACUCCCGCCUGCUGGCUUCUACGCGGCGUGUCGAGGGUGCUGGAAUCCGUUCGGUGCCUGCCAGCGAGUCGGUUGGUACCACGGGCCUGGCCGAAGCCUACGUCGAUGACGGCCUGAGCAGCGGGUCUGAGUCGGAAGCACGCGAAGAGCUCUUGACCGACGAAGAAGACGAUGACGACGACGCCUCGAUUGCCAGCUUUGAAGACGGCUUGACAACGACAGACGCUGAAGACUAUUCGGACUCGGGCGCUGAGUAUCUUGGCCAUGCCCGGCCGAGCCCAAGCCCACCUUUGGGUUCGACGUCGGACUUGAAAGAGGCAGCUGCUGCAGCCUCGACGACACCGCGCAGAAGCGUGCUACCUCGACGCCUGCGCAGGGAGCGAGGCGGUGACCAAAGCGGGUCGGCGAGCGACCUGGGCGAGAUGGAGCAGAAACAGAGGCGAUUCAGAAAGAAGAGCGAGCCACGCCGACGACGUCGCUUGCCGUCAAAGAAGGAUGCCCAGGUCGCUGAAGAAGGAGACGAGGAAGGUCGACGAAGGCGAAAGCAGGCUCGAAAGCGUCGUCGUCAAGAUCAAGACUUUGCCUUCAAGAGCGAGAUGGGCCUCGACAUCAUCGGCAUCGUCCAGCUGGAAGUCAAAGGAGCUCAGGACCUGCCUCGUUGGAGAAACAGCCUGGGAACAUCGUUUGACAUGGAUCCGUUCGUCAUUGUUUCGUUUGGCCAGAAGAUCUUUCGGACUCGCGUUGCCCGUCAUACGCUCAACCCGACGUGGGACGAAAAGCUGUUGUUCCACGUCCGUCGCCAUGAGGAGAACUUCGUCACGAAGCUGGCCAUCUACGACUGGGACAAGCUCAGCUCAAACGACUUUGUCGGUGCAACUUCGAUCUCCAUCGACGCUCUCAUCAAAACUGCACCCACCCCGGAUCCAGAGACGGGUCUAUAUGCGGCCAGCGACGACGGCAUGCACGACAUGAUCACCUAUGCCCUCCCGCUUCAAAGGGACGAAAAGUCAGAGGAUGGAAAGACAUUGGGCAAGCAUUCGCCGAUCCUCAGUGUCGAGGCCAAGUUCACACCUUACGACUCCUUGCGCCAGCGCUUCUGGCGGCAGCUUCUGAUGCAGUACGACACGAAUGACAGUGGCACGCUGAGCAGCCUCGAGCUGGCCACCAUGCUCGAUAGCCUCGGAAGCACACUCUCUGCGCAUACGAUCGGCAGCUGGUUUGGCCACUUCAACAAGAAGCCGGACGAACAGGAGCUAAGCAUUGACGAGUGUAUCUAUUCCCUCGAAUGGGAGAUCAAAAAGCCAUGGAGCGAGAAGCGCUACGUGGCAGAAGCUCCUCUGGACCUGCCAUACACGCCUGCCGGCAGCGGCACUCAGACGCCUGCGACGAGCGAUGUGGCCUCGGGCUCGAUUGCGAUGGAUUACUCUGGUCCUGCUGCGCCGUCUGCCGGCCACGAAAAAGAGCUGGCUGACAAGAAAAUUCCUGUACCCAUGACUGUUGUCGAGGACCUCACCACUGGACAGCACACCAGCGAAGCUAGUGUCAAGCCUCUUGGGACGACGAGUGGCGCCAGAACUCCCGGUGUCAUCGAGCGAGACAUGUCCGCACUAUCGCUGGGCACGACAACUUCAGCGUCAACAACAGAUUCAUCGGCUUCGCCUAGCCAUUCGGUCAAACCGGGUGCAGAUCGAGCACGGUCGCAGUCGGCGACCUCAGACGCAGCUUCGUCCUCUGGUGCGGGCGAGCGCCAGGUCGAGAGGGUCAUUGUGCUCAAAUCGUGCCCGCUGUGUCACAUGCCUCGACUGUCAAAGAAGGCAGAGGUGGACAUCGUGACGCACCUUGCCGUGUGCGCUUCGCAGGACUGGCGCCGCGUCGACUCGAUGGUCGUCGGCAACUUCGUCACGGCUUCGCAAGCCCAUCGCAAGUGGUACACCAAAGUAUUCACCAAGAUCUCGCAGGGUCAGUACCAGCUGGGCGCCAACAGCGCCAACAUCAUUGUCCAGGAUCGCAUCUCGGGCGAGCUCCUCGAGGAGAAGAUGCAGGUCUACGUCCGGCUGGGCAUCCGCUUGUUGUAUAAGGGCGCCAGGUCACGCAUGGAGGGCGCCAGGAUCCGGCGGAUGCUCAAGAACAUGAGCGUCAAGCAGGGUCAAAAGUACGACUCGCCGUUGAGUGCCAGAGAAAUUCCUCAGUUCAUCGCCUUCCACAACUUGAAUGUCGACGAGAUCAGGGACCCGCUCGACAGCUUCAAGACGUUCAAUCAGUUCUUCUAUCGAAAGCUCAAGGAAGGCGUCCGGCCUGUCGCGGACCCAGAAGACCCAACGACGCUGGUGUCGAGCGCAGACUGCAGGUUGAUGGCCUUUGCCAGCACCGACGAGGCCACCAAAGUCUGGAUCAAAGGCCGGGAAUUCACGGUCGAGCGUCUGCUCGGAGACAAAUUCAAGGGCAAAGUCGAAAAGCUGCACGGCGGCGGGCUCAUCAUUUUCCGACUGGCUCCUCAGGACUACCACCGCUUCCACGUCCCUGCCGAUGCGACGGUGGGCGACAUUACAUUCAUCGAGGGGCAGUACUACACGGUGAAUCCCAUGGCGAUCCGAAGCACUAUUGACGUGUAUGGCGAAAAUGUACGGUGCGUGGUGCCGUUCCACAGCGAGGAGUUUGGCACGUUCUACUGCAUCUGUAUUGGCGCCAUGAUGGUCGGCUCCAUCAAUCUGACCGUCAAGACUGGCGACCGGGUCAAGCGCGGCGACGAGUUUGGCUACUAUGCCUUUGGGGGCAGCACAAACGUCUGCGUCUUUGAAAAGGGCAUCGUGCAGUUUGACGAGGAUCUCCUGGCCAACUCGAGGGCGGCUACGGAGACGCUUGUCCGAGUCGGCAUGCGCAUCGGAAAGAGGGCCGCCUAGACGAUGCAGCCCUGCCCUUUUUCUUUCUCCUCUCUUUCUCUCUCCAUUCUUCCCCUUUCUCCCUCCUUUUCCCCUCGCGUCCUAAUGUCAAGUUAAUUUCACACAUGUUCAUGGUAAUGCAUCAGGGUAGGCUUCCUCACGAC